AACCUGGAUCGAGAAGAAGAAGAGGAAGAGGAGGAAGAAGGCUCCUUAAAUCCUGCCCAAAAGGCUGAAACACAUUCCCCAUUCACUGGUCGGGUGCGCUCAAAGCGACGACGCCAUGGAGUUUCUCUUGCACACUAAUAUACAGAAGGAGCUUUUCCGCGCGCUCUGCGCCGCUCUCCUCCUCCUCACCACUUCAUCUGCAGACGAAGGCGCUAAUGUGAAAAACUCCCAGUGUCACAACUACGCGGGAGGACACGUCUAUCCCGGAGAGGCUUUCCGCGUGCCAGUGUCCGACCAUUCCCUGCACCUCAGCAAAGCCAAGAUUUCAAAGCCCGCGCCGCACUGGGAAGGAACAGCCGUCAUUAAUGGUGAAUUCAAGGAGACGAAGCUGUCGGACUACAAAGGCAAAUAUCUCGUCUUCUUCUUCUAUCCUCUGGACUUCACAUUUGUCUGCCCCACUGAGAUCAUUGCAUUCAGUGAUCGCAUGAACGAGUUUAAAGCCGUCAACACAGAGGUGGUCGCCUGCUCUGUCGACUCCCAGUUCACCCACCUGGCCUGGAUCAAUACGCCCAGAAAGCAGGGUGGACUUGGACCGAUGAGAAUACCUCUGCUGUCUGACCUCACUCACCAGAUUGCCAAAGACUACGGAGUCUACCUGGAGGACCAGGGACACACACUGAGAGGACUCUUCAUCAUUGAUGACAAAGGCACCUUGAGGCAGAUCACCAUGAACGAUCUUCCGGUGGGAAGAUCUGUGGAUGAGACUCUGCGGCUCGUGCAGGCCUUCCAGUACACUGACAAACACGGAGAAGUUUGUCCAGCCGGAUGGAAGCCUGGCAGUGACACAAUCAUUCCCGACCCUUCAGGCAAGCUGAAGUAUUUUGAUAAACUCAACUGAUCUGCGUUCCUGUCGUCCAAGUCUGUGAAAUCCAUCACUUACUGAAAGUCCAAAUAAAAUGUGUUUUCCUAAAA